AUGUCUGUAAGCAGUCCAGACGGAUCAAAAGGUGAUGGCGAAAUAUUUUUUGGAAAGAUGACACUUGAAGAAGUGAAAAAACGUCUCUUUUGGAAUCUAAAACCAUGUGCUUCAAGUGCUGUGAACAGUCCCAGGGAGUAUGAGGACCACAAUACUAGUGUAAAAAUAUUAGAAUCUCAUUCAGCCCCUAAUUUAUUAUCCGUUAAAGAUUCUGUUAAAGAUAAAAACUGUUCAGAAACAGUUACUUCAGGGUGGGACAUGAGGGAAGAUGACAGUUUUAUUAAAUUAGAAAAUAUGGUGGCUAAACUGUGUGUGUCACCAGGACCACCCAAUUGUAGUAAGCCUGAAGAGCUGAAUAAUACAUUAGAAGUUAUUGAAUACAUUUUGAAUAACCCUCCAAGUGAUAACAUUAAUAAUGAAAUAAUGACUGAUGUAAAACCUGUACUGAAAACUGAGAGUGAAGUAUUAAAUGAAGUUUGUUUAAAGAAAUUACAGCAUAUAUCUCCACAGAAGAGUGUCAAGGUAGAACAAAAUAUUCAGAAAGACUCACCAGAAGUACUUCGGAAUACUCCACAGAUGGGUGUUAAAUUAGAACAAACUAUUCACAAAGACUCGACAAAAGUACCUCUAAGUACUCCCGUGAAAUCUCAAAGGAAAUAUGCGAAAGAAAUUGCUGGAUUCAUGACACCAGUAGGUACAAAGACUAAACCAGUUUUUAAGACACCUGCUCAACCACUUUCACUUAAGAAACCUUCUGUAACAUCUUUAAAAAAAACUCCGAGCUAUAAAUCAAAUGCCUAUGAACAUAUCAGCAGUCCAGUAGCCUCUUACAUUAAAAACUGCCCUAUUGUGCCAUUAGUUAAAGAUGUGCACCCAAAGAAACCAUUACCUGGCCCAUCAUCUAUCCCAAAAUUUAAGAAUCAUGUAGCAGUUAAAGCAAGUAAUAAAGAAAAUAUCAAUUUACCAUCAGUAGCAUAUAAAAGUGCAAAGAAAACAAAAGUGAUUGACCUGCCUGAUGAACAGAAACUGCCACAAAGUCAGUGGGCGAAAAAAAUUAUGACGUCUUUACCAAGACCAGUGGUGAUGAAGCAUGAUCAUAGAGAAAUUAAUUUCGCAAAGAGAAGACUUCUGUCACAACAAGAGGACAGUUUUGCUGACCUCCCAUACCAACAGGCAGAGGUCUCUAUAUGUACACAAAAAACAGCUUUUAAGAACAAUUAG